AUGAAUUUAUCGCUUGCCUUACUGGGUGUUAUUUAUUGGAUUCUGACGUUAUCGACUGAUGUUCGAAGUGUCGGUAACUCUACAAAGGAUAAUUCUUAUUAUAUAAUGUUUACAUUCGAUCUUGGUUUACAUUGUAAUAUAACCAACGUAGAAAACCCUCUUAAUAAUGUCAAGGGAGUCAUACUUUUUUGGCCUGAGUGGUACUCUCAGCUCAACAGUACAAAUGAUACGGAAUGGAUAGCCUAUGUCAAUUGUGACAUACCGACUUACACGACGAGCUAUGUUUCUUCGGCACAAAAAAACAAAUCAAGCGCCAUAAUCUUAUACUCUAAUUAUAGUAAUCCGUGUGGACCUAUUUUCUCUAAUAUUUCAGUUCCAUUGUUUUCCUUGCCCUCGGAAGAUGACAAAAUGUGUAGAAAUAGCAGCAUCCUGGGCAACAAGUACGCGGCGAUAACACUAAUAAACAUUGAUGAUGACUACGGAAACAACACAGAAACCUCCAAUCCCCCCGAAUCAGAUGACAAGUUGAUAGCGACCACUUAUAAAACUGCUAUGAUCAUCUUAUACUCAGUAUCUGGAAUUGUACUUGGACUAUUUUUCAUAAUAGUUGUCGCAAAUCUAAUAAGGAAUAGGUUUCACCCCUCGUUACGAACGACCAACGGAAAUCACAGCAACCCAGGAAACGGUAUUGCCAAAUCGGUAUUAGAUAGCUUUCCGGUUUACCUAUUCUCACUAAGUAACGGAGGUAAGGUUUCCGAGGAUGCCAAAGCUGGGGAUGUCACCAGCGAACCAGUAUUAGAGUCGUUGAAGGUUAUCAAUGAGAAAAGGCUGGAGUCAACGGUAGAAACAGAAACCCCUUCUUCCCGGAUUGAAGAAAAAGACAUUGAUGUUCGGGUAGAUAGGUCUGCCGAUGAUGUUAUGGAAAUUACCAAGGAUCCUCAUAUAGAAGAUUCCCCACAGACACUUCCACCUUCAGCAAAUUCGUCGGCCUUCAAUGGGAUCAUCAAUGAACAACUUACUUGUCCAAUUUGUUUGGGUGAUUUUGAGUCAGGUGAAGAGCUGAGAAUCCUUCCGUGUCAUCACCAAUAUCAUACUGUAUGCAUUGAUCCGUGGCUUCUCGAUACUUCUCCAUUAUGCCCAAUGUGCAAAACAGACUAUACAUCUUGGGACAAAGAAUUACAGCCUCACCAAGACGGAUUCUCCUCGAAUUCCAACAGAAUCGUUGAUAAUGAAUCUCGAACUAAUGGUAAUGAUUCCUCACAUCAUACUUUCCCGCACUUCCGGUGGAUAAGGUAUUUGACAAAUGUACGAAGGACUGGUGGGAGGCGCCGACGAGAUAGGCGUGCGCGGGUAACACAUUCAGAAGGUGGAGGUGAAGAAAUGCACAGACAUCAACGACUCCAGGAUGACGGCAAUGCUAUUAAUAACGAAACAGUUGAACAAGGAAUAGGGCAUGGCAUAUUUCGUGCAAGCAUCUAA